UGAACUCGGACUGGGACUCCUGCAGCGGCCGCCGCUGCUCUUUGUUGUUCUGAGUAGUUUCAGUGUCCCUCCUGGCCGAGCGAGUCGGGUCGGAGUGUACUGCCUCAGGUCUAAAUGAAAGUUGUAAAUGGUUAUCCUGAAUACCACAUGUCUAAUAAUUUUCAUUGCAACAUUAGCUGUUGUUUUUCACUGCCUCCAAAAGAUCAAAAUUGCUCCGGAAAUUGGAAACAUAUUUGAUUUAAAAGAAAUAACUAACAAAUGGACAAUAUGUCUAUUACGAAUACACCAACAAGUAAUGAUGCCUGUCUGAGCAUUGUACAUAGUUUGAUGUGCCAUAGACAAGGUGGAGAGAGUGAAACAUUUGCAAAAAGAGCAAUUGAAAGUUUGGUAAAGAAACUGAAGGAGAAAAAAGAUGAAUUGGAUUCUUUAAUAACAGCUAUAACUACAAAUGGAGCUCACCCUAGCAAAUGUGUUACUAUACAGAGAACAUUGGAUGGAAGGCUUCAGGUGGCUGGUCGGAAAGGAUUUCCUCAUGUGAUCUAUGCCCGUCUCUGGAGGUGGCCUGAUCUUCACAAAAACGAAUUAAAACAUGUUAAAUAUUGUCAGUAUGCAUUUGACUUAAAAUGUGAUAGUGUCUGUGUGAAUCCAUAUCACUAUGAACGAGUUGUAUCACCUGGAAUUGAUCUCUCAGGAUUAACACUGCAGAGUAAUGCUCCACCUAGUAUGUUGGUGAAGGAUGAAUAUGUUCAUGACUUUGAGGGACAGCCAUCAUUAUCCACUGAAGGGCAUUCAAUUCAAACCAUCCAGCAUCCACCAAGUAAUCGUGCAUCGACGGAGACCUACAGCGCCCCAGCUCUCUUAGCCCCAUCUGAGUCUAACGCUACCAGCACCACCAACUUUCCCAACAUUCCUGUGGCUUCCACAAGUCAGCCUGCCAGUAUACUGGCAGGCAGCCAUAGUGAAGGAUUGUUGCAGAUAGCUUCAGGGCCUCAGCCAGGACAGCAGCAGAAUGGAUUUACUGGUCAGCCAGCUACUUACCAUCAUAACAGCACUACCACCUGGACUGGAAGUAGAACUGCACCAUACACACCUAAUUUGCCUCACCACCAAAACGGCCACCUUCAGCACCACCCGCCUCUGCCGCCCCAUCCCGGACAUUACUGGCCACCAGUUCACAAUGAGCUUGCAUUCCAGCCUCCCAUUUCUAACCAUCCUGCUCCUGAGUAUUGGUGUUCCAUUGCUUACUUUGAAAUGGAUGUUCAAGUAGGAGAGACGUUUAAGGUUCCUUCAAGCUGUCCUGUUGUUACUGUUGAUGGUUAUGUAGACCCUUCUGGAGGAGAUCGCUUUUGCUUGGGUCAACUCUCCAAUGUCCACAGGACAGAAGCCAUUGAGAGAGCAAGGUUGCACAUAGGCAAAGGUGUGCAGUUGGAAUGUAAAGGUGAAGGUGAUGUUUGGGUCAGGUGCCUUAGUGACCACGCAGUCUUUGUACAGAGCUACUACUUAGACAGAGAAGCUGGGCGUGCACCUGGAGACGCUGUUCAUAAGAUCUACCCAAGUGCAUAUAUAAAGGUCUUUGAUUUGCGUCAGUGUCAUCGUCAGAUGCAACAACAGGCAGCUACUGCACAAGCUGCAGCAGCUGCCCAGGCAGCAGCCGUGGCAGGAAACAUCCCUGGCCCCGGAUCAGUAGGUGGAAUAGCCCCAGCUAUCAGUUUGUCAGCUGCUGCUGGAAUCGGUGUUGAUGACCUUCGUCGUUUAUGCAUACUCAGGAUGAGUUUUGUGAAAGGCUGGGGGCCUGAUUACCCAAGACAGAGCAUCAAGGAAACACCUUGCUGGAUUGAGAUUCACUUACACCGGGCCCUCCAGCUCCUAGAUGAAGUACUUCACACCAUGCCUAUUGCUGACCCACAGCCUUUAGACUGAGGUCUUUUAACUUAAUGUUGAGGCCCUUAACAUUAUCAGGAUGGUGGACUAUAAAAUGCAAUCCUGUUUAUAAUCUGAAGAUAUAUUUCAUUUUUGUUCUGCUUUAUCUUUUCAUAAGGGGUUGAAAAAUGUGUUUGCUGCCUUGCUCCUAGCAGACAGAAACUGGAUUAAAACAAUUUUUUUUUCCUAUUUAGAACUUUUCAGGCAUGGCUCAGAGCUUGAAGAUGAGGAAAAACACAUUCUUAUUAAAUCUUCACCAGUUAUGUAUGAAGGAAUCAUUCCAAUGCUGGAAAAUUUAGCCCUUUAAAAUGUUUUAGAGCCUUUUAUAUGCAGAACAUUGAUAUGUGUGUUAUUCUACAGAAUAAAUUCAAUAUUGCUGAUUUUAAAGGCAGAGAAGUUCUCAAAGUUAAUUCACCUAUAUGUUAUCUUGUGUGUGAGUUGUUAUCGUUGAGCACACUUUACUCCAAAAUAUUGUGCCGUGUGGGUGAGUUAAUUUUACCAAGAGCAGCUUUACUCUGUGUUUAAAAAAGAAGAUAGUAAUGUAUUAUAACCUUUUAUGCAAAAUGUUUUUUUCAAGUUAAACUAGUGAAGAUGAUUUCAAUUCAGAUUGUCUUGCGACUUCAAUUUUUCUUUUGCUAAGGCAAAACACUAAUCUCUGUAUAUUGAGAAUUCCUUAAAAUUACCAAAGGAAUAUCAUUUAAAAUUACAUUUGUUAUCUUUGUUGGAUAACUAUUUAUCACGAAAUCUACUUUAGCCCUGUUAAACAGUAGAUGUAUUCUAUAUUUCUAGGUACAGGGUUGGUUACUAAGAAGCCUAGAGGAGGAAUUUCUUUCCUUCAUUAACAUAGGGAAAGGUUUUGUAUUUUUAAAAACACUAAAAGCAGUGUCACUCCAUCUAAUAUCUUACCGUUCUGCAAAGGUGGCAGUGCUUAAACUAAAUAAUGAAUAUUUUGGAAACUGCUAAAUUCUGUGUUAAAUACUGUGCAGAAUAAUGGAAACAUUACCGUUCAUAAUAGGUAGUUUGGAUAUUUUUGUACUUGAUUUGAUGUGUGACUUUUUUUUCGUAUACUGUUUAAAUCAUGUAUGUUAUGACAUUGUUUAAAAUUCAGUUUUUGUAUCUUGGGGCAAGACUGCAAACUUUUUUAUACCUUUUGGUUAUUCUAAGCCCUUUGCCAUCAAUGAUCAUAUCACUUGGCAGUGACUUUGUAUAGAGAAUUUAAGUAGAAAAGUUGCAAAUGUAUUGACUGUACCACAGAUACAAUAUGUAUGCUUUUUACUUAGCUAGUAGUAUAAAUAAAACUGAAUCUCAACAUGCAAAGUUGAAUUCUAGGUUUGAUUUUUAAGUUUUUUUUCUUUUGCACUUUUGAGUCCAACCUUAGUGGCGAGACACCUUCUACUAAAUGACAGGCAACAGCCAGUACAAUUGGGCAGCUUUGGUUUUUUUCUCCCACUCUACCAGGACUUCCCUAUGGACAUUAUGUAUCAAGUGUAGGGUUGGUUAUUUUUUUUAACUUUUAUUUUACUGUAGCAAAACUAGGCCUGAUUGUCUAUAAGAUAAAUAGGUCGUCUACAGGAUAAAUAGUGUGAAAUAAAUCAAGGAUUAUCUUUCAGAUGUUUUUGCUUUCUUCAUGGAGGGCCUUUCUAAGUGUAAUAAGAUUAUUUCAGGUGUGUUACAAGUUUGAGACAUGAGAAACACUUAAUGCAUGAUAGUCAUCCUUAUAUCAACUUAAAUCAACAAAUCUUCUACUUCUUUGCUUAGGUCUUCUUAUUAAGACCAUUCUAGAAACCACUGAGUUUGCUUAUUGCUGUGAUUUAAACAUAUCUUGAUCCAAGCUACUUGUAUUGUAAAAUAACAUUUCUACCAACUCAUUUAUACUCUGGAGUACUUACAGAUACUUCU